GCUAAAUCUCUUUUGGUUUAUAUUGAAGUUCUAGCGAUGGAGAAUAGGGAAGAAAAGAAGACCCUACUUCGCAAGUCCAAGUAGUGGCUUCGUGCGAUAGUGCAGGCGUAACUUUCAUCAACGAAGACACACCUCUUAACUUAGCAGAAAAUGGAUUGUAUGAAGUAUCAUAUAUUAAUAUUGCUGAAGAAGAUAUGGUGUCUGAGCUAGAAUUGCUUGAUACAGUGACUAAUGAUGAUGAUAGCUCACGACAAAGUUUUCCUGAGCAUUUUGAAGUUGAAGAUGCAGAUGAAUCAGAUGAUGGAGAACCAAAUGCAGAUGAGGAACAACUUGCUAUGACAAAUGACUUUUUGUCUGGAAAAAUUUCAUUUCAGGAUUUCAUAACUAGAGUAGAGAAUUCAGAUGAUUCUCAAUUAAGUGGAGAAGAGUUUUCAGAUGUAGAUGAUGAAGCACACAUCUUAGAAGAAAACAAAAGUGAUCCAGAAUAUAUACCUGAAGGCUUAUCCAAACGUCAAACUAGUCGACAUAGAAAAUCAGAUGGCCAAAAAGAAAUCAUUGGAACACGUAAAGGGAAUGUAACUGUUACCAGUUACACCCCACAGCCCUCACCUGCCUCCCCAGUCAGGAGAAAAAAAGCUAUCACUAGAGUUAUGAAAAGACUUCCAGCAAAUUUACUCGGUCUGAUGGGUGAAGCAAAUUUACGGUACGCCAGAAAUGAGAAGCAAGAUGCCAUCAACCUCUGCAUGGAGGUCAUUCGUCAGGCUCCCAAUUAUGCCGAACCGUUCCAAGCAUUAAGCAUGUUCUAUGAAGAUCUUGGAGAUUACGAAAAGUCAUACCAAUUAUCCCUAAUAGCUGCAUACUUGUCCCCUCAAGAUGCUGAUGAAUGGAUACGGCUUGCCGAGGUGUGCUUGAGCCGUAACGAUGAGCUGCAGGCGUCGAAAUGUCUUGCCAAAGCGGUCCAAGCUGACCCUUCAAACAUACAAAUUCAUCAAAAUCGCUGCGAAUUGCUUGAAUCCAUGGGCGCGCAAAAGGAUUUACUGAAAGCUUGUCUCACCAUGUUACGAUGUGUCCAACCAGAAAAUGAGCAGAAAAGAAAUGAAUGGGUCGAGCUGGCUGUUAGAAUAGCUCGCAUGCAUCAUGCGAGCGGGCACCUGCAUUCUGCGCGUAGAGCUCUUAGCAAUGCCCUAGUCACCUGUUCAGCGAGUUUUACCAUGGAACAUUAUAAUCUCUUAUUGGAACUUCAAAUUUUGACGAAGCAUUAUCUCGAUGUGGUGAAAGUACUUACUAAGCAUUGUGGCUUGGUGUUUAACAAUAAAAUAGUUGACGCCAUUGACCUCGAAGAGGCAGAAUCGAUGGAAUUGACUCAGGAAUUACCACUGGACAUUCUCAGCAAGCUUUGUAUUGCAUUAGUCUACUCCAAGAAACACGAUUUUGCCUUUCCCUUAAUUGAAACGUUCCUUGAAUGUGACGUGGAAAGUUUUGGAGAUAUUUACCUUGACGUUGCCGAGGCGCUUGUGGAAAACGAAUUUCACCAACGAGCUUUGCCGUUGCUAGAAGCGCUAACAAAAAGCCACUCGUUUUGUUUGGCGGCAGUUUGGUUAAAGUAUGCUAAUAGCCUGUCCGCUCUAGAUCGCGUGGACGAAGCGAUCGUCGCGUUCCGUCAUGUCAUUCAUUUAGUACCAUCAAGUGAGGAUGCAAGAAUAUCUUUGGCUGAAUUGCUCACCAAAUUAGGUCGCCAUGAAGAGGCUUUGGAAGCUGUGACUCAGGAUUCUGAAGCUUCUCGAAUAGAGGCAAGCGUAUUGCAUCACAAGUGCAUCUUGCUUCUUAAAGAAGGGCGAAUGAAUCAAUUCAUUGCUGCCUACAAGUUGUUGAUGAUGCGUCACGCCAGAAAUAUACGAUCAAAAGACGAAAUAUACAAAGCAUGUGGGGCUAAGAAGAUCGGUUGGGAGUCAGCAGAUGAAGAGUCGGCCGAUGAAGAAUUGGAAUUUGGAGCAUCAUCGGUCGAGUUACAAGAAGAAUAUCGACUCCUUCGCUUAGCAGCCGAACACUUGUUCAAAGAAAAUCGCCUGGUGGAACUGGAACGAAUUUGUUUUACGGCUCUGACGUCCCCUCUUUUCCGAAAGAAAAGAGACAUUUGCCGAGAAAUCCAGUUCAUAACUCUUCAAGUAUGCUUAGCUAAAGGCGACUCUUAUUACGCUUACAAUCUAGCCCGCAGUUUACUGUUGCGGUGCAACAACUUGUAUAACAACAGAGUCUGGAAUCUUCUUAUCCAGGUUAUCAUGAGAGGAGACGAUGUGCGUUACAAUCGUUUCCUUGUUCGGUUACUUCUCAAACACCCCGAGCACGUUUGUUUAAGCGUUUUGAAUGGCCACGCGUGUGUAGCGAGCGGUACUUAUAAAUAUGCAUUAGAUGAGUACAUGUCAGCGUGCAAAAUGGAGCCAAACAAUUCAUUGUUCUUGUUGCUGUCUGCAAUUGUGCUAGUGCAGCUGACGUGCCAAAAAUUUUCAAGUGGGAAACACUCUCUCGUCACCCAGGCUUCCUCAUUCUUUGAUGCUUAUCUAAAAUCAAGAGGCGACUGUCAAGAGGUCUUCUACAACAUCGGCCGAGGCAUGCAUCAGCUUGGCCUUCUGACCCAUGCAUUGGAUUUUUAUAAGAAAGCUCUGCAGUUUAGACCAAGCGUCACACAAGGGAAACAUGCACAUGUGUUCGACUUAUCGAGAGAAAUUGCCUUUAACUUAUCGCUCAUAUAUCGAGCAGCUGAUUUUUCCAGUUCGGGUUUUGACGUUGCUCGCAUGUACUUGGACAAGUAUAUCACUAUUUGAUACGUGA